CACACACUCACUCUCAGUCUCUCUCAGCACACACACACACUCACUCUCAGUCUCUCUCAGCCCCCACACACACUCACUCUCUCUCAGCACACACACACACUCUCAGUCUCUCUCAGCACACACACACACUCACUCUCAGUCUCUCUCAGCCCCCACACACACUCUCUCUCUCUCAGCACACACACACACACUCUCUCUCUCUCCCGCGGCGCUCAGCAGAACAGACAACAACUUUGCUUCAUGGCGGCGAGGCUCACCGGAGACUGGAUCCAACCGGACUGUGAUCUAACCGGACGGGCGCGAGCUGCAGAGGGAUUCACUAUGCUAGGGAAGAGAGGGAUAUUAGUGGUCCUGCUAUCGGUGGCUGUAGGGGUCUACCUCCUCCCCUCACCCAUAAACCCUCAGCCUUACAUAUUCAAGGGACCCCCUCCGCUCCUGGAGGGCCCACUGGCUGUCAACACCAGACUACAGAACGGACGUAGGCUGUUCACUGGACAACUGCAUGGACCAGAAUCCUUCACUGCGGACCAGGAGGGUAACGUGUACACAGGGACGGUGGAUGGGAAGCUGUGGAGGAUCCAUCAGGAGACUCUGACCCUCAUCACCCACAUGGGACGGGACUUACAGGAGUGUGGUAGCAGGACAGACUAUGAGCCAGUCUGUGGUCGUCCUCAUGGUGUGCGGUUGGACAGUGGUGGUCAGCUGAUCGUAGCUGACUCCUACUUUGGGCUGUUUUCUGUUGACCCCCAGACUGGACACAAGACCCUGCUACUGGACAGCAAGACAGGAGCUGACGGGGUUCCGUUUGCGUUCCUGAACGGCUUGGAGAUCUCCUCUCAGACUGGGAUCAUUUACUUUACGGACUCCUCCUCUCGCUGGGGACGACGACACGUCAAACUAGAGGUGAUAGAGACCAACGCUCUGGGUCGUCUCCUGACCUUUGACCCCUUGUCAGGACGUGUGGGUGUCCUACUGGAUGGUCUCUACAUGCCCAAUGGCAUCGCCCUGUCACCUGACGAGAGCUUCCUGCUGCUAGCCGAGACCAGCAUCGGGUGUAUCCUCAGGUACUGGCUGAAAGGCCCCAAGGCUGGCACCAAGGAGGUCAUCAUGAACAAUAUGCCCGGUUACCCUGACAACAUCCGCCUUAGCGACCGUGGAACCUUCCUGGUUGGCCUAACGACCACACGCUUCAGGAAGCUCAUGCCUCCAUUCCUGGACCUGAUUGGUCCGUACCCAGCGGUCAAACGCUUUCUGGCUAAGGUGGUUCCUCUGAGCUGGUACAACAUGCUGUUGCCUAGAUACGGCCUAGUGUUGGAGUUGGACGGGGAAGGGGAGGUGCUGGGGAGUCUCCAUGACCCUACAGGCAGCCUGACCUGGGCCGUCAGCGACGUGUUCUCCCACCAGGGGAGAAUCUACCUGGGUAGCACCGACCUGCCCUUCCUUCCUGUCCUGGAGGACUGGAGCUAACCACUAACUUCUGCUGCAGGCCUCUCAUACGGCAGGGUAGCCUAGUGGUUAGAGCGUUGGACUAGUAAUGGAAAGGUUGGGGGGGGGAGUUAACUGACUGUGACGUGUCCAGAGACUGUAGCAGGCCUCUCAUACUAGGCCUGGGGGGGGGGGCUGGAAGUUAACUGACUGAGGUGUCCAGAGACUGUGGGGUGUCCAGAGACUGGAGCAGAGAUACUCUGGUUCUGGCUCUACUGCCAAUCACAACCAGGUAUCCUUUUCACUCCAUACAGACAGAUUCCUGUUGAUCUGGGACAUUUUAAUACAGAUCAUUUGGUUCCACAGUGUCUCCUCAGACCCAUACAGGGACCAGAUGCUGUUGUAGGGGUCUGUCUAACCCAGCUGUAGUUAGUAGUGGUCAGUGUCUCCUCAGACCCACACAGGGACCAGAUGCUGUUGUAGGGGUCUGUCUAACCCAGCUGUAGUUAGUAGUGGUCAGUGUCUCCUCAGACCCAUACAGGGGCCAGAUGCUGUUGUAGGGGUCUGUCUAACCCAGCUGUAGUUAGUAGUGGUCAGUGUCUCCUCAGACCCAUACAGGGGCCAGAUGCUGUUGUAGGGGUCUGUCUAACCCAGCUGUAGUUAGUAGUGGACAGUGUCUCCUCAGACCCAUACAGGGGCCAGAUGCUGUUGUAGGGGUCUGUCUAACCCAGCUGUAGUUAGUAGUGGACAGUGUCUCCUCAGACCCAUACAGGGGCCAGAUGCUGUUGUAGGGGUCUGUCUAACCCAGCUGUAGUUAGUAGUGGUCAGUGUCUCCUCAGACCCAUACAGGGACCAGAUGCUGUUGUAGGGGUCUGUCUAACCCAGCUGUAGUUAGUAGUGGUCAGUGUCUCCUCAGACCCAUACAGGGACCAGAUGCUGUUGUAGGGGUCUGUCUAACCCAGCUGUAGUUAGUAGUGGACAGUGUCUCCUCAGACCCAUACAGGGGCCAGAUGCUGUUGUAGGGGUCUGUCUAACCCAGCUGUAGUUAGUAGUGGUCAGUGUCUCCUCAGACCCAUACAGGGACCAGAUGCUGUUGUCGGGGUCUGUCUAACCCAGCUGUAGUUAGUAGUGGACAGUGUCUCCUCAGACCCAUACAGGGGCCAGAUGCUGUUGUAGGGGUCUGUCUAACCCAGCUGUAGUUAGUAGUGGUCAGUGUCUCCUCAGACCCAUACAGGGACCAGAUGCUGUUGUCGGGGUCUGUCUAACCCAGCUGUAGUUAGUAGUGGUCAGUGUCUCCUCAGACCCAUACAGGGACCAGAUGCUGUUGUCGGGGUCUGUCUAACCCAGCUGUAGUUAGUAGUGGUCAGUGUCUCCUCAGACCCAUACAGGGGCCAGAUGCUGUUGUAGGGGUCUGUCUAACCCAGCUGUAGUUAGUAGUGGUCAGUGUCUACUCAGACCCAUACAGGGGCCAGAUGCUGUUGUCGGGGUCUGUCUAACCCAGCUGUAGUUAGUAGUGGUCAGUGUCUCCUCAGACCCAUACAGGGACCAGAUGCUGUUGUAGGGGUCUGUCUAACCCAGCUGUAGUUAGUAGUGGUCAGUGUCUCCUCAGACCCAUACAGGGGAAGGAAUGUUUUUGGCCCACCAGACGACAAGGAAGGAUGUUUUAAAUGAUCAUAACAUGGUUAUAUCUUGCCGUAACUAAUCUGAAAGACCAUUUAAUAAAGAACACCAAUAAUAUCACAAUGUUACUGUUCUGUGGACUCAUAAAGCAUCUCUGUAAUAGUCUGGAAUACUGUUCUGUGGACUCAUAAAUCAUCUCUGUAAUAGUCUGGAAUACUGUUCUGUGGACUCAUAAAGCAUCUCUGUAAUAGUCUGGAAUACUGUUCUGUGGACUCAUAAAGCAUCUCUGUAAUAGUCUGGAAUACUGUUCUGUGGACUCAUAAAGCAUCUCUGUAAUAGUCUGUAAUACUGUUCUGUGGACUCAUAAAUCAUCUCUGUAAUAGUCUGGAAUACUGUUCUGUGGACUCAUAAAGCAUCUCUGUAAUAGUCUGGAAUACUGUUCUGUGGACUCAUAAAGCAUCUCUGUAAUAGUCUGGAAUACUGUUCUGUGGACUCAUAAAGCAUCUCUGUAAUAGUCUGGAAUACUGUUCUGUGGACUCAUAAAUCAUCUCUGUAAUAGUCUGGAAUACUGUUCUGUGGACUCAUAAAGCAUCUCUGUAAUAGUCUGGAAUACUGUUCUGUGGACUCAUAAAGCAUCUCUGUAAUAGUCUGUAAUACUGUUCUGUGGACUCAUAAAGCAUCUCUGUAAUACUGUUCUAAUAUCGGACUCUGCUGAUCUGAAGACAGUCAAUGGUGUCACCUGUCACUGAUUUUAGAGAGCUGCAUAAUGUUUUGAAUGGUUUCUCUGUCCAGAUCUGUCAAAAGAUGAUUUUAGAGAGCUGCAUAAUGUAUUGAAUGGUUUCUCUGUCCAGAUCUGUCGAAAGAUGAUUUUAGAGAGCUGCAUAAUGUAUUGAAUGGUUUCUCUGUGCAGAUCUGUUGAAAGAUGAUUUUAGAGAGUAGCAUAAUGUUUUGAAUGGUUUCUCUGUCUGCAUAAUGUAUUGAAUUGUUUCUCUGUCUAAAGAUGGUUUUAGAGAGCUGCAUAAUGUUUUGAAUGGUUUCUCUGUCCAGAUCUGUCGAAAGAUGAUUUUAGAGAGCUGCAUAAUGUUUUGAAUGGUUUCUCUGUCUGCAUAAUGUUUUGAAUGGUUUCUCUGUCCAGAUCUGUCUAAGGAUGAUUUUAGAGAGCUGCAUAAUGUUUUGAAUGGUUUCUCUGUCCAGAUCUGUCUAAGGAUGCAUCUGACGACCUCCCGAGGGGGGCGAGGAGCUCUUCCUCAUGAUUUCCUGCUCUGACAGGUUCUCCACUAGGACCAGUAGAGACACAGAACACUAUUCAAUCCCCUCUAUUCAACCUCCAGCUGCCUACCCCCUAUAUUCAACCUCUAGC